CACAGAGUGGGACGGAAUGCGUGAGUACUUCGGCCACAGGACUUACCGCUCGAGGAGACGUCCGGAACAGAAGAGGACGGUCAGGAAGGGAGAACUGGUCCUCGUCUCAGAACCCUUUGCCAGCAUCAUCAAUAAUGAACAGCGUCUCAAGUACUGUGACUACUGCAUCACCUCGUCUAAAGACAAGGUCCUCCACCCCUGUAGUUCCUGCCGCGUCCCUUGGUACUGCAGCCGUGACUGUGAGCGCCUUGCCUCCGACCUCCACGCCCACGAGUGCCCUUACCUCAAGCGUAUCUCCCCGAAGGUGCCUCCGGACUUCGUCAGGUUGAUGGCCCGGAUCAUCUUCAGGUUAAAGGCCGGCGGCGAGAAGGUCGUCGAAAAGCUGAGCGAGAAGGAGGGUCGUCGAUUUAAAGACCUCAUGAGUCACUACGGUGACAUCAAGGACAACGCGGAGUGCGCCGAGGACAUCGCCUUCGUGAUCGGGGAACUCAAGGCCUACAUCGGCGAGGCGAACAUUCCCAAUCAUUCGGAUUUUCUUGGAAUUUACGGACGGAUAAUAGUGAACCGCUUCUGCCUCCUGAGUAACACGAUGGUGAGCGUCGGGUCGGCCAUCUACCUCGCAGCCUCCGUCCUCGACCACGCCUGCACGCCCAACUGCAGCUUCUAUUUCUCCGGGCGGAACGUGCACAUUCGCUCGCUCGUCGAUGUGGAGGAUUUUAACUUCGAGAAGUGUCGCAUCAGUUACGUGGACCCUGUGUCAAGUGCCAUCAGCCGCCGAGAGGAACUGUACAAAAAGUGGUUCUUCUGGUGUGACUGCAGCCUCUGUGGUGAUGCUGAGAGGAAGGCACUGGAGACGUCAAUGAAGUGUGAGGAAUGCCAGUCACCCGUGUACGUCCCCGAGAAGGAAGACCCAAGAUACCCCACGACGCCCACCUGUACCCGCUGUGGCUUAGCCGUGGAUCCUGUGGUCGAACGUCGCUACAAGGACCUGUUCAGCUUCACCAAGAGGAAACUUCACGCCAUGGCCUCCGACGAUCCUGACAUAGAGAUGUGCGUAGAGCUUCUGAAACGCCAGGACGAACUUUUCCACCCGAUGAACGUGUGGAGAGUCAAGACAAUGGACUAUACUUUCAACGCUGCAGUUUUUGGCGGUUGCUGGAGCCUCGUCUAUGAAUUCGGCGCCAAGAACCUCGAGGGGAUGAGGUAUUAUUACGGCUCAGAGCACCCCGUCUUCGCCCUGUUCCUCCUGAAGCUGGGGAAAGCGAAGAUCUACCUGAAGCUUUUCCGAGAAGGACUGCAGCACCUGGAGGAAGCAGAACCCGUGCUGAGGAGAGCCUUCGGAAGCACCCACUACUUGAUCACGGAGGAGCUGUGUCCCCUGGGUCUGCUGGCGAACGAGGACAUUGAGAUCGCCCUCGAGAGACGUCUUCGGGCCUGGAAGAAGCGUGAGGAGAUCGAGGAAGCCAAGAGGUUGGAGAAGAAGCUGCAGGAUUUUCUCGAAAUCGGCACGCGGUCGGGCACGCAGCGCUUCCGAGGGUCGCUGUCCUAAGCUUCACUUCUCCUCUUGUUUAGUCGUUUCGGGGGUCGUUGUAACCUCCCAUUUGGUUUCAUAGUCUCGUUGCCAUAGUCCCCCCUCUAACCGCUUCGGAGGUCGUUGUUAUAGUACCCCCUCUAAGUCGUAUCGGGGAUCGUUUUCACAAUGUCCGUCCCCCAGUAGCUUAUCGGGGGUCUUUGUCAUAGUCCCCCCUUUAAACACACCAAAACUCCGUUUUCUCUCCUCGACAAGACGGCUAUUUUUAUACACACUCUCCCUAAACAUUACCGAAUCGGAUUAUGUAAUUGGGGAUAAAAAAAAUCGUCUUUCAUUCGUGUUAAGUAAAAAAUAAAUAAGAAAAAAAUAUAUAAGUGGCACCAAACGACAGCUGAUUUAAAUGGAGGGAUUAAAUGCAUACAUGAAAACACUAGUAAAAAAAAUACCUUUAGAUUCACUGACAAAGAAUAAUUAUUUACGUAUUCAUGUAGGUGAUAUUAGUUCUUUUCCAGAAAUGAUCUGUUGUGUGUCUCAUUUGCAUCAUUUUUUUUUUAUUUGUUUUUUCUUUUUUAUUUCGAUAUUUCCACUUUAAUAUCUGCAUUUCAUAUCUCCAUUUUGUUUUUUGUUUUGUUUUUUUAAUUGUAAAUUUUUAGGUUCAUGAAUUUACCUGCCUAUUAACUGUAAGUCA